AAUUGUUGUCUUCAUAAUCACUCAGUCCAAACGCAGGGAAGAUAUAUAUCCUGUCCCCAGAUGCGGGUGCUUUUCCUGGGCUGCGGACACAACUGGGAAAUGAUGAAGGCCUUGCUCCUCGCCGUGCUGGCUUUGAUCCUAUGUGCAGAGCAAGCAGAUGCCCUGUACUGCUACACCUGCGAGUGGGAGCAAAGCAACUGGAGCUGUCUGAAGGCCCAGAAGUGCUCGGACAAGGAUGAGUACUGUGUGACAAAUGUUGCCUCCGUAGGGAUCGGCUUUUUGUCUCUGUGGAAGAGGAUCACCAAGAAGUGCUCUGGGAGCUGCCCGUACCACAACUUCAGCCUGGGUCUGGCCACCUACACCUCGUACUGCUGCCAGACCUUCCUGUGCAACCUGAGCGCCUGCCCGGGGCCCAGGCUAGCUCGUCCUUGAGAUGCUGGGGGUCCUGUGUCAGUGUCCUUCUUCACUGGUGGUGGGGAGAAAGGGGCUCCUGAUGGCCUGAAGAGCAUGGAUGGAUUCCCCCAGGAGGGUACGGCCACCAAGCACGCUGCAGAGUAGAUAAAGCAUUAUGGUCACCACCUCCUGCCCUGUGUUGCCUCUCAACCUGUAGCUUCUCACCUGCUUCUCAUGCCUGAGCUCUGUUGCCCCAGCUGCUUGGUGGAGAAGUGGCUGAGCUGUGUCCCCUGCAGCCAGGGGGAGGGCGAUGCUGCUCCUGCAUGUGCUGAGCAUCUCUGGGGGGUUCUCCUGCAGCCUCACCUCGCCUCGGGCACAGCUGGAAGAUACACAGCAGGCAUCAGCUUCCCAGCCCAGGGGCAAAGGGGAGACCAAAAAUGAUGACCCCUCUGUGCCAAUUCAAGGGAAAUUGUGCAAACUCGCUGCUGGGAAAAGGAAAAACCUGCCCUGAUUGUAAAAUCCUGACCUUGUGAUGGGUUUCAGCCACAGCUUUCCUCCCUUGCACCCCUCUCCUUCUCCAUACAGCCUCAUGCUCUGUGCCCCCAGGUAGUGACAGUGACAAUCCCGGUGCCACCACCUCAUUAACACCUGGACACAAUGGCACACUCCUGUUCCUGUUGGCUCUGCUCAUGGUGCUGUGCUUUUAUCAGAAUUAUGCUUAUCUUCACAUAUCCUCUGCAGUCUUUGUCCCCAUCUCCCCUGCCCUUGGUUCUCCCUUUCUUCGUGCUGCCUUGCUCGCUUCUUGCUGCUCUUUGAGCCAAGUGACCCGACCCACCAAGACCCUCCUCUUGGCAACGUGUCCUCCUCCAAGUCAUUCAUUUACCCAUCCCUCAGACAUCCCCCAAAGCAACUGCAGGGUAAUGAGAAGUAUUUGGGUCGAGCUGGUGAGGAACAGCGGAGGGGCUUAUAAGAGAGGAAUACAGAUUUUUGAGAGGCCAAGCGUUUCAUGUAGAUGUUUCCAGAGGGUGCAGAUAAUGGAGGGUAAAAGAAAGCUGAAAAAUGAAUGGUGACGAUGGGACCUCAGGGAUUCCUCAUUGCCAGAGGCGCUGCUGAAUACCUUUCCCUCCUCCCAUGCAGCACUUUUUGUAAGAAAAUGUAAAUACAUAAACUCAGAUGGGCCGAGAGGGCAGAGGAGCACUUCUCAGAGCUGGGGUUGUGGUUUGGAUGCCGAACCCAUGUACCAAGUCCCCUGGGCAAAACAGGGCAUGGCUGCAGCCCAGGGCUUGGUUUCCAACCACCCCCUGAGCCUGCAAAUCCGCAAGCAUUGCUCAGCCAAAGGAUGACGCUCGGUGCCGUGCGGCAUUUCCAGCCCAACCCCGGUAAACAAGGGGGACAAAAGGGGCUUUGAGCUGUGCCGAGCCCGGCUCCCUUGGGCUGGUGCCCGUGGCUGCUCCGGAUGAAUGCCUCCUCCUGACGUGCCGCAUAACGGGAGCCUUCAGAGAUGCGUGCCCUCUUUUAUUAAUCGACUUCUGCUUUCCUUUGCCCCCUCCUUCUCACAGCUACGCUGCGCUGCGAGGGCAGAUCUCCACGCCGAAGAAGCUGUGCUGGUGAUGCACCUCCCUUUACCUCUUCAUUAGACCGUGAUCUUUUUUUCGUGCCUGUGUAGGAAUUUGCAUUUUUCUCCCCGAAGCACUCAGAGCCUCCUCCCGCCUCUCAGUCCGAGUUCUCAAAAGCUCUAAUUUACUCCACACACAGUAUUUUCACAUUAAAAAAGAAGGACUUUU